AUGCGUGCUUUCAUUGUUUUGUGCUUAGUGGCUGCUGCCUGCGCCCAAUACAACUACCAACCAACCAGCAAUAUUGGUAGCGGAAUUGGUGGUGGUAUUAGCUCUGGUGUUAACUACGGCUCUGCUCCUGCCGCUGCUCCAUUGGGCGAUUUCCCAGUAGCUAGCAAUGAUUCCCCUGCCGUAGCUCCCCAGGCUGAACUCGAAAAGGAAUUCUACACCUUCUCCGCCAACGAUAACGAUUUCAAUGAUCCCGCCGCUUCUGAACAAUUGGCCAACUCCGUCAAGCAAGGUCUCCGUGUCAUCUUCAUCAAGGGCCCCGAAAACAGUGGUUUGGAAGAUGCUGCCUUGGCUUUGGCCAAACAAGCUGCCCAACAAGAAACCGCCAUCUAUGUUCUCAACAAACAAGCCGACCUCAGCGAUUUGGCCAACAAAUUGAACAACAUCAACACCGGCAACAACAACAAACCCGAAGUUCACUUUGUCAAAUACCGCACACCUGAAGAUGCUGCCAAUGCCCAACGUGCCAUUCAAGGUCAAUACGACUCUUUGGGUGGCAAAUCGCAAAACUUCAACGGUGGUGUUGCCCCCGUCAUUAACUUUGCCUCUCAACCCGCUGUACGUGCUCCAGCCACUGCUGCUUCUACUCCUGGUGCUUCUUACUUGCCCGCUUCCAUCUUCCGUGCUUAAAUACGAUUUCGAUUAGUCUA